AAUGAAAGUGACUUGGAGGAGAAACAUAUGCUAUGGCGUGCUUUAAGUUGUACGAGAGAUUAUCGUGCACAUUACAAUAACAUGGUAUUUAACAGCAAGAUUGUUGAGAAUAAGACCGUUGGCGUGACACAGAUGUAUGAGGAGAAUCCCGAUUUAAUUACACCCAUUUUAUCCAUGCUAGCAGAGAACAUUACGAAGUGGAGCAAUUUUUUGGGCGAUUCAUGGGAAACGUUAGUAAUGUUGAAUAAAAUGUCUGAGUCCUUCACAACCGUGGAGCAGGCAAAUCUAUUCGCUGAAUUGAUCGAUAAAAAUUCGGAAUUCUUUGGUACAGACGUUGAAGUGCUUGAAUCCGCUCUGGAAAGAGUAAAAAAGAACCUAGAGUGGGCAAAGCAGCGAUUGAGCAAUCUAAACAACUAUCUGAGGAGAAAAUGAAAAACGAAGUAGAGCUGUCAAAUUAAAGAUAUAAUUAAUAAUUUUAGCUAUAAAGCCGAUCGAUUUGAGUCAAAUUAAAUACACAUUUUGCAUAAACUCAU